GUCGAUACUGAGUUUAAAAAACAAUUUAAAUUCUGUGGCUUUAGUUUUCUUUUCUUUGAGCAUUUCUUUUUCUAAUGAAGUUGAAGGAAUUAGAAAGCAUUCUUCAAGAUUGUGAAGUAUUUGACGAGCCUAAAAUUCAAUAUGAGCAGUAUCCAACCACACCUCACUUGGCAGCACGUAUGCUUUAUACGGCAGAUACUGUCUACAGUGAUAUAGAGGAUAAAGCGGUAGGCGAUUUUGGAAGUGGUUGCGGUAUACUGAGUAUCGCUGCCAAUAUAUUGGGCGCAGGAUAUAGCGUUGGGUUUGACAUUGAUUCCGAUGCAAUCAGGAUAGCUCGGGAAAACUGUGAACAGUUUGACGUUGCAGUUGAUUUUGUCAAUACAGAUUUGAUACAAGCAAAUUUAGAAAGAUUUCAAGGCAAAUUAGAUACUAUCAUCAUGAAUCCUCCUUUUGGCACAAAAAAUAAUAAAGGCAUAGACAUGCUCAUGUUGAAAAAAGCAAUUGAUACGGCUACCACAUCAGUUUAUUCCUUACACAAGACAUCUACAAGAGAACAUAUAAUGAAAAAGGCUCAAGAGUGGGGUGUGAGUUUUGAAGUAGUAGCAGAAAUGAAGUUUGAUGUACCAAUGAUGUAUAAAUUUCACAAAAAGAAGAAUGUGGAAAUUGCAGUGGAUUUUCUUCGUUUUGAAAAGAUAUAAAUUUAAUUUUUAAAUACCCUCAAUUAAACUGCAGACUAUUACAUGUCAUAUUAUUAGCAAAAGUGGAUGUGUUUCAUUUAAGUAUGUGUUUUACCAGCUUUAACAGAUUUCUCCCUAUUGACAUCGAAUAUGUUUGUGAAAAGAAAACUCUUCAAUUGAUAGCAUUGUAGAUCAGGUACAACGUCAAAGUGUUUCUGUAUUCUCUGGAUAAAAGAUCAAAUCGUGUAGGAGGAGAGUUUGGUGCAUAUUUCUGUUUUUUUCAUUGGACUUGAGUACACCCAAUCUAAUGCUAAUAGUAAUUGUCAACAUUUAGAUACAUAAAGAAAAGAAAAUAUAAGUCUUUUAAGAGAAAUUAAAGGUGCAAGCGUGUGAACUUGUCAUUAUGGAAACUGAACUGAUUAAAGAAAUAUUCACAUAAAUAUGAG